AUUACCUUCAAAUUAUAAGCUUCCUUUGCAGCAAGUGUUAAUUGUCUUCCUUUUUUCAGAUGAUGUUUGUGCACAAUGAGUUUUUCUCAAAGCAUAAUCAGCUAAUGGCUUUUAAAGGACAGCAGAAUUUGAGUGUGUUUAAUGACACAUUUAUUAUGCAUUUAUAUUUGAAAUGCAGGCAUUGAGUUAUGGAGUAUUUUAGAGGCCAAUUACUGAAAAAUGCUCUCAAUAAUUAAUAGAGACAUACAAACGUGUAAUAAUGAAUGUAAAGAUAGUUUGAUGGCAGUCAAGUGCAUGUGAAUUUUUAACAACACUAAUACAUACUUCUAGUUUUUGGAAAUUUACCUCUUCAGUCUUGAACUGUACAUGAAAAAACAUAAAAGUUAAUUCAUUACUGGAUGCCCAUUUUAUGUUACUUGCAUUGUUUUCUGUAGGAGAACUGAGUGAUUCAUUUUCACUUGUAAAUGAAAUUUUUGCUGAAUUUUGAAGAAGGACUCCUCAAAAAUGGAAGUUGAUGAACAUUCAUCAAGCUCGUCAGGAGAAAUAUCUGACAUUCAGGAUGAAUCAGAAGAAAUUUCCAGCCCUCCCAGCAUUGCUCCUUCAUUCAAGGGAAGUAAGAAGAAGAACACCAUUGAGAUGAGCCGCACUAAGUCUCAACUAACUCCAAGGAUGGCUUUGUAUAUUCCUCCACAUCUGCAAAAACAGACACAGCCUUCAUUGAACACUCCCAAGAAAGCGGUUGUCAAGUCUGCUACUGUGCAAACUCCACAGCAAAUCAAACAACAACAAAAGCUUCGUGCAAAGCUUGAAGAAUUUACCAAAUCGUAUGCCAGAAAACAGUUCCAGCAGCUCAGAAAUAAAACGACUCGUCAAACAAUACAUAAAGCUUCAAGUAAAAAAUGCAAUAAAACUAACUUACCUGCUGAAGCUUGGACUAAUGAAAUGCAAUCGCUUUUGGAAACUAAAACUAAAUGUAUUUUGAAGUUUCAAGAGACUGGCUGUACUUCUUCUCUGCGUGAGAGCAGGAAAGCUAAGAAUAGUCUUCGUAAAUUGCUCAGAAAAUUAAGAUCAAAAGCUGUGGUGUCCCAAAACAUUUAUCAUAACUUGAAUAUUUUUCACUCCAAAUUUAGUUCAAGCAAAUCUCCUGAUAGGAUCCGUUGUGUGGACGAUUAUCCGUGUUUAGAUGAAGACGUAGAUAUUGAACGGGACCGCUUCAUACCUUCUAAAAUACAACUAAUUUAUGCCCAAAAUGAAUGGGCAGAAGAUAUAAUCAGUUAUACAGCCAAAAUAACUUCCAAGAAAACGUCUUUGACGGACGUAGUGAAAGUGGAAAUUAUUGAUUCAGACGAGGAAGUGCAGAGUUCAGCAGCUGGCGAGCGUUCGGUCGGUGGCGGCGCGCGUCGAGCAGUGGGCAGCGCGCCAGACUCGAGCCCUAUGGACUCCUCUAACAACGAGUAUCUGAAUCAACAGUUCCUGAGACGCCAGCACGAUUAUGAGCGCGAACAGAAGUAUAAACAGAUCAGCACGGAGGCGAGGACGAGACGGCCUUCCCGUGAAACUUUCGAAGAUUCUCUUAGAGAAUAUUGUCAGUCUGGGAAUUUAAAAUUGAAUCUUGACUCUUCAAGAAGAUCAAGUUUGGUCCAUGCUCGAAGUCCAGAGCCUCUACGCCCUCCUUUUUUCCCAAUGAAUCCAGCUUUCAGUAACCAUGGUUUCCCUGGACCACCUGAAGACGUUCCUCGUGAACCAUUCGUAAAGGAACGAAGAUUAAAGAUAUACUCUCCUCCUAAGGAAAUUUUCCCGUCAUUAAUCCAUGAUGAUGCAUUUAUAUCGAGGCGGCAUUUCAUUCAUGAGACAGGAAAUAAUAAACUAAAUGACGGCCGAGGAGUAAACUUUAAUGAAAAAUCAAGAAAAGAUCUUGGAGAUAGGGCCGUUUUUGCCAGAAAUUAUAGCCACAACGGCAUUGAAGAGUAUCCUGUCGUUGGACUCAACUCGCAUGAUUGUAGGAAAGAAGCUUCGCAUGAAAGAUCUAACAGUCAUUCUUAUCGAUUGGAAUCUCCAGAACGCAGAGAAGCAUCCACUCGUGCAAAUCACCUCAGCAGAGAAAAGGCCGUCCGAGAGGUUAGAAGGAAGGAAGCUCAACGAGAGAGGUCGUCCAGUUCUACUGCAGAGCGGGGCUACAGGUCGAAUGGAUUCCAACCGAAUUAUCGUGAUUCUCGCGAAUCUGAUGCUGAUGAACAUUCCUUUAGAAAUUAUGUUAGUUAUCCGCAGAGGAAAGAUGACAGAGAGCACUCACGGCACUCGCACGACACAGAAGACUUGCAUUUUUCUUCUUAUCCCAAUGGGCUCACUGAUGGUCGAGGGAGCCUUCGCCACCUCAAACAUGAGUCUGCGGGACACGGUAAACAAGAUCGGCGUGAGAAUUAUUCGCCUUCAGUAAUGCAUUCGAGGAAGGCAGUGCAAGAUGCCGAUCGAUCUGGUAAGAGAGAGUGGCACGACAACGAUCGAUCCGAUAGGAGAGAGUGGCACGACAACGAUCGAUCCGAUAGGAGAGAGUGGCAUGACAACGAUCGGCGGUUCCAACGAGACUCGAGGAUGGACUACCACAUACAUGCAGAGACUCAAGAUCGUUUCUCCAAUCGAAAUCGUAGAACGAGUGCAGAUCGAGAACAUCCUUUCAAUUUACUCAAGCACGACAUCGAUAGAGUAAAGAGUAGAAAUUCAGAGUCUCCUGGAAGAGAAGCUUAUGAUAGAUGUUUUAGCAAACGGAAGUGUAAUGAAAGAGAAGAUGCAAUGAGAUCAGCUAAAAGAAAAAAGCGCCAAGAGUAGAGGCAUGUAGAGUAGAGUAGAACAAGAGGCAUAAUGUAAUUUUAAAUGAAAAAUGUGCAUAGUUAGUUAUCAACAGCACUGGUUCAGUGUCGUCGAAAAAAUCGAGGCAGAAUGACAUAGCAAUUCUUUGCUUUUAAAUUCUAGGAACAUUUUUUUUCGAUCAUGAGUGUUAGGUAUCCAUGAUCAUGUAAUUCAUUUGAACAACGAAAUCACAAUCAAUGCCAAUCAAGGACAAAUUCUCAUUUCAUUAAAAGUACCAUUACAUUAAUUAUUGCAACAUCUUUAAGUUAAAAUAACGACUGAAAUUGCGAUAACUGUAGUCGAUCACUUGUUAAUUUGUCUCCGAUGUCUAUAUGGAACACAAAAUUAUUUUCACUUACUUGGAGCAUGAUUAAUUCCCGUCCUUGCGAACUCCUCAACGACAUAUGAGCGAUGUAACUCGCGGAAUUCGAUUUGACAUUCGGGACACUCUAGGGCUUAAGAUGAUGGAUCGGGCCAACUAACGUAUUGUAUUACCUCUAGCGUCGUUAAUAUUAAAUUUGUUUAGCUUAGCCUCUUGUGCAAGUCAACUCUGUGCAAUGUAAUCCUGUUUUUAUCGCGAGAUACGAAGUCUCGUUUCUUCAACUCCUAUAGUAAAAAAAAUCUUUUAUCACUAUUUUUUGAGCUAAGGAAAAAAAACAUGGAAUGCUAGUUGGUAAACUUGAUUUAUGACGUGUCAAUAUUAACAAUUUACGAAGCGUGAAUUUGUAAAAUCUUCAGUUUGGACAUGCUGUUUAUCGUCAUUACUUUAAGAUUAUUAAUGACGUAUCCACUUGGCCAAGCAACAUUAAUUCACACUUCCUGUUAGAAUAGUUUCUAUUAAAAAAAUUAAUAUAAUUGAAUAUAUUCGAACUACGCCUCUAUUAAAUCGAUGAAUGUCCUCUCGCUGAACGACAUUGCAUAUGAACAUAAUAUCAUGUCUCGUCUGUUAAUGAAUUUUAUUCAGAUAAUUCGUAAAACUUUACUGGUACAUGUACAACAUUAAUAUGUCUCCAGUCGCAAAAAUAUUAUCAUUUGUAUAAAUUCAUGUUGUUUGAUAUUUCUGAUAAUCCAUCAGACGCGAAGAUAUUUACAGCCCUAGUAUGCUAGUACCCGGAGCGUAACUGGUGCUUCAUAAUGAAAAAAUUAUGUAAACUUAUAACAAUGUGUGCAUGUUCAAGAUAAAUAGUGACGCA